AUGAAACAACUAGAUUCAUAUUCCAUGAUGAUUGUAGCAAAAUAUCUACGUAAUUCGAAUGAAUUAAUGAAUAUGACUCUUGUCAGUAGAAAGAAUAAAGAUUUAUUAGACAAGUUUAGAUUUAAUCCAAUUCCAUUAAACAACCAAAGUAAGAAACUCUUUCAUUGUAUAGAAACUCAAUAUUUAUAUUCUCCAGAAGAAGAAAUAGAUGAUAAAUAUUCAAAUAUUACAUAUUGUUAUCCUAUUAAUUUGACAGAAAUUAAUUUUAAAGAAAAUUCAAAAAAAUACUUAAGAAUAAUUGUUAAUCAGGUUAGUUUAUUAGAGUCUUUAAAUAGUGAAGAAAGGGUAAAUAAACUUCAUAUAACUGAUUUAAAAAUUAGACUUCCUACUUCAAUAACAAAUUUAAAUAUUCUUUCAAAUGUAACAAAAAUAGGAAGAAAAACAUUUAAUGAAAAUACACAACUUAAUCAAAUAAUAUUACCUAAUUGUAUUAGAGAAUUAGGAAAAGAGUUAUUUUAUGGAUGUAGUAAUUUAACACUGAUUGAUUUUGGAUAUGGUUGGAAUACUAUUAAAGAAGGAACAUUUAAAGGAUGUGUUUCAUUAAAAACAAUAAAAUUAUCACCAUUUAAUUCAAUAUGUGAAUUAACAAUGAUUCCACAUAAAGAGAUAAAAAUAAUUUGUAAUGGACCAACAAUAUAUGGGAAAAUUCCAUAUUCAAUUUCAAAACUACUUAAACUAAAUUCAGUCAAAUGCAAUCAAAUUUAUUAUGGAAAAGAAGAAUCAUUAAAUAAUAAUAACAAUACUAUUCCAAAAGAAGUAAAUAUAAUAGAAAAUGGAUGUUUUAAUUGUAAUUAUAAUUUAGAAUCAAUUCAAAUUCCAGAAGGAAUUACAAAAUUAGGAAAAUAUAGUUUUUAUAGAUGUACAUCAUUAACAUCAAUUCAAUUACCAUCAACAUUAAAAAUUAUAAAAAAGUCAUGUUUUGAAUUUUGUGAAAAUUUAAUUGAAAUAGAAAUACCAAAAAGUGUUAAAGAAAUACCAACAAAAUGUUUUAAAGGAUGCAGUAAAAUGAAAAGAAUAAAAUUAUCCAAAACUAUUUGUAUAGCACCUGAUGCAUUAAAACAUUGUGAAGCAAUAAUAAUAUAUUAA